AUGGAGUCGGCUGGCGGCCCUUUCGGCACGCCGGGCGCUUGGGCACCGCUGUCAGCGCCGGACGAUUUGUUUCUUGAUGCACUGCCGAGCGCGAAUAUGCUACCACUCUCACAAAUGCCACUGCCAUCUGUCGAUGAGGCUCCUGCGCAAACGCAGGAAAAUGCUGCGCGCGUGUCGCUGCUUUCUUCGCAAUUUUAUGACGCGGUCGAUCCCGAUACAGGAUCUACAUACGAUGCGCUCGAUGCAUGGGUUGAGCCAGAAAAUGGUCAUAUGGCGCUAAGCCCCGAGCUUGCGCCGAUUGCACGAACGCCCCUACGGCUCCAUUCUGGUCUUCCCACACUCGACCAUUACGCCUCGCAUCUCCGCAUGGGUGGCUCGUUUGCCACAGAAAAUGCGCAAGAAGGGCCUGUGCAGGAUACGGGUACGGGGUUUCCCAUUGGCUCUGCCCUGGAAAUAGUUGGGCCACCGGGGGUGGGAAAAACUGCAUGGGCGCUGCAGAUGGCCGUCUCGGAGCGGCUCACGCAUACCAAGUACGGGAUCGAGGCUGCAUAUGAAGAUGUCGGCUGGCCAUCGCCACACGAGGCUUGCGAUUGUGCUAUAUUAGCCGAGUGGUUCGAAGCCAAUGUCGAGCCGUGGUGUGCCCAAGUCGUGCUGGUUGAUACCGAAGGCGGUAUGCCUUUGCAGCGCGUCUUGACCACGGUGCGUGCGAGCGUAGCGGCGCGGAUAGACAGCGACGCAGUCACCUCGCUUUUGGAACACUCCGCGGAUCGAGAAACACAAAGCGCGAUCCUUACGAAGUGUAUUGUACAUUCUGUCCUGCGUGGACUGCACCUGGUUCGCAUCGCAUCCCUCGGCGAGCUGCUUGCCUUUCUCGGCGUAGCGGCCAGCACUGUACUUAAAGUGCCGGGUCUUCCACCACGAACUUCGCUGCUUGUGCUUGACUCGAUUUCGUUUUGUCUUCCGCUGAGUACGACCAAGGACGAGCAGCGUCGGCGCACGGAUGCUAUGCUGCACAUGCUUUGUGCAUUGACGACAUUGCGAGAUAGUCGCAUCCCGGAGCACGAUAGGCUGUCAGUGAUUGUCACAUCGCAAAUGGCAACGCGCGUACCGGCAAAGGGCGGCACAGAGUCGACUAUGGUGCCUGCGCUGUUGAAUGCAGCUACGCCUGCAAUGCGCGGUACGUUUGAUACUUCUGUGUACGAUUGGGGCACGAGUAUUCUAGGGCGCAGUGCGUGGCGAUUUCUAUUAUCUUACCACGGCGUGCGGUCACAACGGUACGUUUCGAAAAGACGCUGA